CAAAACUGGUAGUAUUCCCAUGGCUGGCCUCGGCGGCGCCGCUCUCCAGCUGCACGCGGCCGUGGCCGUGCUUCGCACUGCGGCGGCCGCCGGCAAGCUGUCCGCAGGCAAGGCAGUCCACGCGCAUAUGCUCAGAGCGUCCCAUUUCCACGUCGUCCUGCACAACCACCUCAUCGCCUUCUACGCCAAGUGCGGCUGCCUCGGCCUUGCCCGCCGGGUGUUCGACGCAAUGCCCUCCCGCAACCCGGUCUCCGGGAGCCUCCUCAUGUCCGGCUACGCCUCCUCCGGUCGCCACGGGGACGCGCUUGCGCUGCUCAGGGCGGCCGACUUCGACCUCAACGAGUACGUUCUGUCCACCGCCGUGUCCGCCACGGCCCAGGUCCGUAGCUACGACAUGGGGAGGCAGUGCCAUGGGCAUGCCGUCAAGUCUGGGCUGGCGGAGCACCACUAUGUCUGCAACGCUUUGCUGCAUAUGUACUGCCAGUGUGCUCAUGUGGAGGAUGCGGUCAAGGUGUUUGAGAUGGUGCCUGGUUUCGACGCGUUCGCGUUCAACUCGAUGAUCAAUGGGUUUCUUGACAAGGGCAAGUUUGAUGGUUCGGUCAGGGUUGUCAGAAGCAUGGUCGGACAAGUUGAGCAAUGGGACCAUGUGUCGUAUGUCGCAGUUCUUGGGCAUUGUGCUAGCACCAAAGAGCUGCUGCUUGGUCGUCAAGUGCAUUCCCAGGCGUUGAAGAGGAGGCUCGAGCUGAAUGUGUAUGUGGGCAGCGCUCUGGUUGAUAUGUACGGGAAAUGUGAGUGCGCCUGUGAUGCUCAUUCCGCAUUUGAGGUUUUGCCAGAAAAGAAUGUUGUUUCUUGGACAGCUGUUAUGACUGCCUAUACCCAGAAUGAGCUGUUUGAAGAGGCAUUGCAGUUGUUCUUAGAUUUGGAAAUGGAAGGAAUUCGGCCAAAUGAGUUCACUUAUGCCGUGGCUCUCAACAGUUGUGCUGGUCUUGCAGCCUUGAAAAAUGGCAAUGCACUCAGUGCCUCUGCUGUGAAAACUGGGCAUUGGGGCGCUCUGUCUGUCUGUAAUGCCCUCAUUAAUAUGUAUGCAAAAAGUGGCAGCAUUAGUGAUGCAUGGAGAGUCUUCCUUUCUAUGCCAUGUCGCGACGUGGUCUCGUGGAAUUCGAUCAUAAUAGGCUAUGCUCAUCAUGGCCUUGCAAGAGAAGCCAUGCGUGUAUUUCAUGAUAUGUUGUCUGCUGAAGAAGCCCCAUCCUAUGUGACAUUUGUUGGGGUGCUGUCAGCUUGUGCACAGUUGGGUCUUGUCGAUGAAGGAUUGUACUACUUGAACAUUAUGAUGAAGGAAAUGGGUAUAAAACCUGGAAGAGAACAUUACACCUGCAUGGUUGGUUUGCUCUGCAGAGCUGGACGGCUAGAUGAGGCGGAACAGUUCAUAUUGAGCAACUGUAUUGGCACUGACGUUGUUGCGUGGAAAUCGCUUUUAGGUUCUUGCCAGGUAUAUAAAAACUAUGGCCUGGGUCAUCGAGUAGCUGAGCAGAUCCUUGAGUUGAAACCCAAUGAUGUUGGAACCUAUGUUUUGCUUUCUAACAUGUAUGCAAAAGCAAACCGAUGGGAUGGCGUCGUGAAGGUCCGGAAGCUGAUGAGAGAGAGGGGUGUUAGGAAAGAGCCUGGUGUUAGUUGGAUUCAAGUAGGAAGUGAGGUCCAGGUUUUCACAUCAGACGACAAGAAUCACCAAUGGAUAAACCAGAUCACCAUAAAGCUCAAAGAGUUGAUAGACCAGAUCAAAGUGAUCGGAUAUGCUCCGAAUUUUGCGGUUGUCCUACAUGAUGUUGAGGAUGAACAAAAGGAAGAGCAUCUUAUGUAUCACAGUGAGAAAAUGGCCCUUGCGUUUGGCCUUAUUCACAGCCCCGAAGGAGCAACUAUCCGCAUAAUGAAAAAUCUCAGGAUAUGCGAUGAUUGCCAUGUUGCUAUCAAACUCAUCUCUCUUGUAACAAGAAGAAGAAUAGUUAUAAGAGAUACUGUUCGGUUUCAUUGUAUAGAGGAUGGAGUAUGUUCAUGUGAUGACUAUUGGUGAUCCACACCUUGGUUGUCAGAAGCUCCAGAGCAUAUGUGUUGUUAUGGACAUCAACAUGGUAUGUCAUCUUAUUUUCUAGAGCCAAGGUGAGUUCUGUUUCCUACUGGCAGAAGUUGUCGCCUAGGUUCAAGUAAAAAAACACCACAAGGAUAUCUGCUCAAGCAUACACAGUGCACGGCUUAUUGCUUCUGCAUGUUGUUUUUCAACAGCAACAACCCCUUUUCUCUCUGGAGGUUUUCUACUAGCAAACAUGGUUUUCCUCUUCCUCCGCACGAGCUCUGCCCGUCGCCCUGCUCCCAUCUUGCAGCAGAUCCCCUUGCUGGCGGUGUCGCUCAAGCCUACAUUCCCGCCGUUGAUCAUCCCAGGUCUCCCCCCAUAUAUCCAGAGGGAAUAAUUUUUAUAUAUCAGGUUCCCGAUUCUUGAGAGCUUUUGGUUUGACCAAACCACACAUUGACAUGUGAGCCUACACAUGAUAUCAUUGCUGGGUACUUUUUUUCCUACAAAAAAUCGGUUAAAUCCUCUGGCCGAGCGGGUUGUAAAAAGUGUUAUUAGAAGUGAGGAUGCAGAGAGAAGAGAAAAUGCUCCUCUACUACGAAUCGUCUAGAAAUGGAGAUUCGUAUGGAAUGUAAAUCAAUCCUAGCUCAAAGUUUCCGCAUCACAAAUUUUCUUGCGAUCCAACAAGACACGCAUUUUGUUGCAAAAAUUCUCAACUGUACAUGUCAUCUUCAGCUGUUAUGGCCGGUUUAGCUAGGCCCACCGGGCAAUCUUAACCCACAAGUUAUCUUAGGUUAAUUCUUAUGCAAGUUAUCUUAGGUUAAUUCUUAUGCAAGUUAUCUAGGUUAUAAAUAUAGGCUGUAAGACUCUUUUUGGAGUUAAGCAAUAAAAAUAUUAUUAUCCCUA